AUGGACACCUACGACAGCUGGGCGCAUAGAGGCCCCGUUGUCGUUGCUACACUCGCUCUCGGGUACGGCAUCAACAUCGGUCACAUUAGGGACGUAUUCAUGUAUGGGCUCCCAUCUCACGCCCUGGUUGCCAAGCAAGAGGCAGGGCACGCAGGACGUGAUGGACGGGCGGUGCAAAUCUGGUUCCUUGACCAGAAGGACAUUUACCAAGUUCGGGAAGACCAUGACGCUCUGCUCGGUGCCACCAAGUUCAUCUCAUGUGUGUGCAAAGGGGAUUGCAUCCGCCACUUCUUCCACGAGUUCUUUGAUGGUGAAAAGAAGACCUGCAUUGACAUCCCAAACACGGAGCUGUGCUCUCGUUGCAAAAAGCUUUGCCAGCAGGAUUACCCAGAAGAGCUCCCGACCGCUGUACUACCCUAG